AUGGCUAUUGGGACACAAUCCAAUCUCUCACAGCUGAGGGACUUCCUUGGGUAUCUCACUACAGUCAAGGGUGAUUUAUCAAACAUCACAGCUCCACCAUUCGUGCUUUCGCCAAAAUCAGUAACAGAGAUACCUGCAUCAUGGGCCGAAAGGCACAAAUUGUUCCUACAACCAGCCCAAGAGGAUGAUUCAGAGAAACGCGCGUUGCUUAUCCUGAAGAACUUCCUCUGUAGUCUCAAGCGCCAAGUCUAUACAGCGGCCUCGAAGAAUUCGGAUGGAGGUGCCAAGAAACCGCUAAACGCGUUUCUUGGUGAACUAUUCCUGGGCACUUUUGUAGAACCAGAAUCAGGCAGUACUACUAGGGUCAUCUCAGAGCAAGUGUCGCAUCACCCACCAGUCACAGCCUGCUUCACAUAUAACAAAGAUCAUCAAAUCUCUUCCUCGGGCUACGUGGCGCAAGAGACGAGUUUCAGUGCCACGAGCGGUGUGGCAGUCAAACAAGUCGGGCACGCCAUCACCACAGACCAGAGGCAUCGAGAAAGUCAUCUCAUGACAUUGCCCAUCAUGUCAAUUAAGGGACUCCUGGUGGGUAAACCAUAUCCGGAAUUGCAGGGGACAUGCUAUAUCUCUUCGAGCUCCGGUUAUCUCGCUACCAUUGAGUUCAAUGGCAGAAAGACUCUGGGCCUGGGAACGAAGAACUGCGUAACUGCUAAGCUGAGUAAUCUGAGAGAUGGCAACAAAGUCUUGUAUCAAGUAGAUGGGCAGUGGAAUGGGCAGAUGACCAUCAAAGAUGCCGUCAAGGGAACGAAAGUUGAGACCUUCGACGUUGAUGAUGUGCCCUACACGGAGUUGAAGGUAAAGCCAAUAGAAGAGCAGAGCCCUUGGGAGUCGAGAAGGGCAUGGAAACCAGUGCUGAAAGGGAUCACUUCUGGCAGCAUGGAACUUGUCAAUAAGGAGAAGGAGAGGAUAGAGAACGCACAAAGGGAUUUAAGAGCGGCGGAAGAACAAACUGGGGUGAAUUGGCAAAGAGUUUUCUUCCGUAGUAUGAACUCUCAUGAGGAAUUUGAUGUACUGGCUAGAGCUAUACCUGACAGCGAGGCUAGAAGCCUACGGAAAGAUCGGACAGCAGGCGUCUGGAAAUUUAUUGAUGGGUCGUGA